CCGAAGGAGAAACAAAAGAGACAAAAAGAGCCGAGAAAAUGACGGAAAGUGAAGGAAAGUGUAAGAAAAAAAUGGAGCAACAGAAGAAAGGUCGAGGAAUGCUCGUCUUCACCGGAACUGCGGCGGUGGUCGCAGUCGCUGCGAACAUCGCUUUCGCUGCUAUCAAGCGCCAUUUGGAUAACAAUGCAAAGAAGCAGAAAGAUCUUGCAGGUUCUGAUGUGCGUGUUAAUCUAUCUCCAUCUGAGAUUCUUAAUUUGGCAGACCAAAUCAUCGCCAAGUCAAUCAAGGUCCAUAAUUCUGUUGCAUCGAUACCUCUCAAUAAGGUUACAUAUGCAAAUGUAAUAUCACCUCUGGCAGAACUGCAAGCGGAGCAGUUCCCACUUAUCCAUUCUUGUGUGUUUCCAAAGAUGGUAUCUCCUAGGGAGGAUGUGCGCGAAGCAAGUACUGAAGCAGAGCAAAGAAUAGAUGCUCAUCUUCACAUGUGCAGCAAACGUGAAGAUGUCUAUCUUGUUGUUAAAGCAUUUGCAGCUAGAGGUGAUUGGAUGAAUGCUGAAACCAAACGCUUUGUUCAAAUUCUGGUGAGAGACUUUGAGCGAAAUGGAUUGAACCUCACUGCAAGCAAACGAGAAGAGUUGCAGCGUCUGAGGGCUCUGAUUGAUGAGCUAAGCCUUAGAUAUAUUGAAAAUCUCAAUGAUCAUAGCGCGUUUCUUCUAUUCAAUGAGGCGGAGUUAUGCGGAUUACCUCCAGAGUUUCUCAAGGGUUUAGAUAAAUCAGAAAAUGGACAAUUGAAGAUCUCCCUGAAAAGUCAUCAUGUCACAGCUGUACUUGAAUUUUGCAAGGCAGGAACUACAAGACGGAUGGUAUUGGGAGCAUACGGUAAUCGAUGUGGAGAAGUCAAUCGUUCUAUUUUAGAAAGCCUGGUGCAACAGCGCCAUAAAUAUGCUCGUUUACUUGGCUAUUCAUGCUAUGCAGAGUAUGCUGUUGAUGUUAGAAUGACAAAGACACCUUCAAAGGUGUUUGAGUUUCUGAAAAGCAUGUCAACAAGUUUAACUGAGUUGGCUAUGAAAGAACUCGAUAUAUUGAAAGAUUUGAAGAGGAAAGAAGAAGGGGAGUUACCAUUUGGAACUGAAGACCUACUGUAUUAUGUAAAACGGGCUGAAGAGCAGAAUUAUGAUUUGGACUUUGGCGAGAUCAAGCAAUAUUUGCCAAUUAGUUUAGUUCUAUCUGGAAUCUUUAAAAUUGUCCAAGAUCUUUUUGGUUUAAGGUUUGAAGAAAUUGCAGGAGCUGAUGUUUGGCAUUGUGAUGUUCGUGUUUUUUCAGUACUUGACUUAGGUUCUAAUGAACUCUUAGGUUAUUGCUACCUUGAUUUGUUCUCAAGGGAAGGAAAAUAUGGCCAUACUUGUGUGGUGGCUCUCCAGAACAGUGCAUUAAGAAUCAGCGGGUCACGACAGAUACCAAUUGCGUUACUAAUAUCCCAGUGUCAAAAGGGUGCUGACAGUAGCCCUGGAUUAUUGCGGUUUUCUGAGGUGGUUGGUCUUUUCCACGAGUUUGGCCAUGUGGUUCAACAAAUUUGCAACCGUGCUUCAUUUGCUAGAAUUUCUGGAUUACUUGUUGAUCCUGACUUUGUGGAGAUACCUGCUAAACUGCUCGAAAACUGGUGUUUCGAAAGCUUUUCUCUGAAGUUGAUUUCUGGAUUUCAUCAGGAUAUCACAAAGCCUAUAAAUGAUGACUUAUGCAAAUCAAUUAAAAGAUGGAGGACUUCCUUGUCUGCAAUUAAAUUGAAGCAAGAGAUUCUAUACUGUCUUUUCGACCAAAUCAUACAUUCGGCGGAUAACAUUGACAUUCAAGAGUUAUUCAAGAAUCUUCAUCCUGAGGUGAUGUUAGGAUUGCCGGCAUUAGAAGGAACCAAUCCAGCUUCAUGUAUUCCUCAAAGUGUUAUUGGUUGCGAAGCAGCUUGCUACAGUAGUAUGUGGAGUGAGGUUUUUGCUGCUGAUAUUUUCGCCUCAAAGUUUUGCAAUGAUGAUUCAAACCAGCACGUAGGCAUGCAAUUCAGGAACAAGGUAUUGGCCCCAGGCCGAUCGAAGGAUUCUAUUGAAGUGCUAUCGGACUUUCUAGGAAGAGAACCAUCAAUUCAGGCUUACGUUGAGAGCAAAACCAAUAAUAUUUUGUAAGGCUUUUAUCGACGAUUAUGGUGUCUUUAGACAAUUUUUUAGGUACAUCUCUGUUGACAUUUUAAUCAACAUACUGCUUCUGGUUUUUUUUAAA